AAAGUUGCACGCGCAGCACGGUUCCUUCUAUUCCGAUGUGAGCUCGUGCAGACGUAGCAGCGUGGUGUGCGCGUGCAGCUGAACUUUAGAAAAGCGAAAGAGAAAUAUUUUUUUUUACGCAUAAGAUCUUACGUUAUUGUCAUCUUUCACGACAGGGUGAAAGCCAGGCAGAAAUGGCAGUAGUGCUGCGUUUGCAGGGUCUGAAUAUUGAAGCAGGACAUGAAGAUAUUCGCAAGUUCUUUCAUGGCUUAACCAUCCCUAAAGGAUGUGUCCAUAUCACCGGGGGAAAGAUGGGUGAAGCGUUUAUUAUAUUCAGUUCAGAGAGAGCUGGACAGUUGGCCAUGCUGCAUUCUGGAAAACCUCUCAGAGGGUCGACUGUUACGCUUUACAAAAGCAGCAUGGCCGAAUUUAAGCAAAAAAUGGAGUUGAAGUUAAGGAAAAGGAAAUGUGCUUCAGUGGAAUGUGAACCAGUGCUUCAGAUAACUGCAACAGACAUAUGCAAGACUUUAUUAUGUCUAGGGGCUGCUGUUCAAGGACUGCAAUCUGAUCAUCAAAUGAACAAAGUCCAGUCAUCACCAGUUAGUGCUACUCAAUUAACAGAUGUACUCAAAUUGGGUAAGGAUGCAAUCGAUAAGAGUCCAAUAGCAUACCAGACACAACCUGUUAAAAAUCAAGUUGCAGAACCAAGGAAACAUCAUGUGGAGGAACAAGAAGGCGGAGUGAGAGAUGUCAGCUCCUGCAAACCAGGUUAUCUUCGGCUUUACGGACUUCCAAAUACGAUCACCAAAGAGGAAGUCUGCCAGUUCCUUGAAGGACUCAGAGUGGUGGAUGUAAUAACAGAUACUUUACAAAGGCAGGACCAGUGUUGUCUAGUGAAGAUGGCCAGUUUUAAGGAGGCUGAGGAGGGCCUGAAGUAUAGCUGUAGAAGCCCAAGAGACUUCCCCGUAGAGGUCAGAUUGGCCCAUGAGAGAAUGUGGGAAAACGCCAUGGAGCAUCGUGAAAAUUCCUCGAGUUCCAUAUUCUCUGAGCAGGACAGAUCCUCUCCUGAUAGGCGUUUGCGAAAGAAUUCUCCAGGUAAAAGGCCCGGCUCAUUUUGGAGCUCGCCAAAGCGGCGGCGCUCUAAUUCUCCCUCUUUUAAUACUGAGUACUACGUCAUGGUGAAGAAUCUUCCUAAAACAAUUACCAAGAGUGAGAUAAGACUCCUGUUUUCAUGUCCUGACAUACCAAACAGUAAAAUCCUGCAUCUGCUAAACAAAUGGAAGGAAAGAACAUCUACUGCCUUUAUAAUAUUUACACGGCCAGAGGACUAUACUUUAGCCAUGAACAUGAAUGGCACUGCAGUUGGCUCGCAUACAAUUGAUGUCUCAUCCAUUACUAAGGAAAAAAUGAAAGACCUAAUGUCUCAGAACCGUUGUACUGAUCUGGAAAGGUCACAGACUUUCAGUUCUUUUCACAGACUUUCAACGACGUUCAACAAGGAUAACAGCUGGGAAGAGGAUAACGAGUUGCUUGAGGGUGAAAAUGACAACUUGAGUGACGAGGCUAUUCCGUUUGCAUGUGAGGAAGGUGCCAGAGAGGAUCUUGUUCUACACGGAGAGUGCUUUGGCUUUGAACAGACUCUGCUUGCCUGAAUUUCACCAAAAAAAAAACUUGCACAAAGCUUUGAACUCUUAUUUUGGGUAAUGCUUGUUUUAUAGUAAGAGGAAAUGCCAUGCGCUUUUUCAUAUAUUCCACAAAAUGUAAAGAAAGAUGGAGAAAAAUCCUUCAGACAUUCCAUUCUUUAAUACAAGACAAGAAAGUAAAAAAUGUACAUAAGACUCAAAUUUCUCUGGGAAUAUUCAAGUACUAAUGACUGUGCAAAUGUGAUGUGAUAUAACAUUUCAAAAUUGCUAUUGAAAUGGCAAUUACUGUAUCUGUAAAAUUACACAAUAAACCAAGUUAUAUUAAAAUA